CACACGGCGGCUGCCUGGCGGCGGAGAGUGCCACGCGCGGCGGAGGUGCGGUGAGAGCGCGGGAGGAUCGCGCUCCUGAGGAGGUCAGCGUUCCAAGUGACGUCACGAUGUCGACGUACCGCGGCUGCUGCCUGGUCUCGUGCUACCACGAACACGUGUCACGGCUGUCGGUCACAGUGGGCGCCGUGACGCUGGCCGUCGUCACGCUGUGCGUGGCCACAGACCGCUGGGUGACCACCACAGAACCGCUGGUGACGACUUCACUGGCUCACAGGCCGACCGACGUGGCCCGCUACAGGAUAGGGCUGCUCCGUGUCUGCCGGCUCCAGGAGCUCGGACCGCUCGAGACACGCAGGGAACAGGAGUGCAGCUGGAUCGACUAUUUAAACAUGAGGCGCCUGUCCAGCGUUCACCUCGAGUCAGGGCACCUGAUGGCCAUCUUCACCGUCGGCGUCAUCGACCGCAUCAG